AUGGCAAGACGACAGGAAAUAACUGUUGACCGUCCUUGGCUCCCAGUUGGCUGUACACUGGGCGAGGGUCCCCUUUACGACUCCUCUAACUCCGUCUUGCAUUUUGUUGAUAUUUCUGAAAAGAAGGUCUUUCAUGUCAAUACCCUUACCGAAGAAAUUUCUGUCGAUAUUUUUGAUGAAGCCAUCACUUCUCUCGCCUUGCGAAAGAACGGGGCUGGACUGGCCUGCACGGCUGCCACUGGUUUUGCGUUGUUGGGGGACUCGACCAUUUCUUUCCUCAGCCAGCCACUGCCUCCAGAACACCUUCCCUUUACUCGAUUCAACGACGGUGCCUGUGAUAGCAAGGGUCGUUACUUCGCUGGGACGGUUUACAACCAAAGCAAGGGUGUUGUGGGCAAGCUCUACAAAUAUGAUCCUUCCGACGCCAGUUGCGUGGUAGCUGAUGAGGGACCUUUCACCGAUUCUAACGGCCUUGGUUGGAGUCCCGAUGAAAAGAUACUAUAUUUUACAGAUUCAUUCCUCAACACCAUCUACGCAUACGAUUACGACGACGGACAGCUUAGUAACCGCCGGGUCUUCGUAAACGCCGUCGAGAAAGGAUUUUCUGAAACGUCUUAUUGUGACGGCCUGUGCCUUGACGAUGAGGGCGGCGUCUGGAGUGCUCGAUGGGGAGGAUCCCGGAUCGUUCGCUUUGACAAGAACGGCAAUGUGGACUUUCAAAUCACAUUUACUACGGCUCUGAACGUGACUUCCUGCUGUUUCGGCGGACCUGCCAAUGAUCAGCUGUUUAUCACCACUGCACACUGUGGGGCUAACGGAGGCGAUGCGUCUCAGCAGGAGCGAUACCCAGAUUCGGGCCAUCUCUUCCGCGUCGAUCUCUCCGGUCUGUAUAAAGGUUCGGAACGUAGCCAAUUUGCUGGUUGA